UGUUGUAACCCAACACGGAAGUGACGGCUCGCAUUCGCAGAAAGCGUUGUUUUGCUUCAUCUUCAGCUAACUUUCAGCCAAGUAGACACCUCUUUCACACUCAAACUUCAAAAUGUCUUCAGACUUUGAAGCCUACGAACAGGACUUUGGAACCCUGACAGCAGAAAUCAUAAACAAAAUUGGAAGGAUUCCCAAAUUAGGUGGAAAGGAGAAGACACAGCUGGUUCUAAAUGUCGACAAACAGCUUGAAGAAGUCAGAGAAUUGAUGGAGCAGAUGGAUCUGGAGGUGCGUGAGAUCCCCAUCCUGGGCAGAGGCAUGUACCAGAGCAGACUGAAGAGCUACAAGGGGGAGAUGGAGAAGCUGGAGAAAGACUUUAAAAGGUCACGUAUCGCCUACAGUGAUGACGUGCGGAACGAGCUCCUGGGGGAAGACGCUGGCUCCUCGGAGAGUCAGAGAGCACAUCUGUUGGACAACACAGAGAAGCUGGAAAGGUCAUCUCGGAGGCUGGAAGCUGGCUACCAGAUAGCAGUGGAAACCGAUGCACAAGCUGAAACGACAAAUGCUCAGGGAGAACCAACGCUGAGAGGCAACAGCCGAGUCACGUUGGGAACACUGUCAGACCACAGACAACAAACAAUCUUAGAACUCAAAUGUGUUGAGACCCCAGACGUGUGAGAAAUGCAGUGCCUUCAAAAAGUAUUCGCACCCCUCGACUUUUUCAAAAUGUUGUUGUAUUUACAGCCUGAAUUAAACAUGUAUUAAAUUGACAUUUUGUGUCACUGGUCUACACACUGUACUCCAUAAUGUCAAAGUGGAAUUGUGUUUUUAGAAAUUAAUCAAAACUGAAAAGCGGAAAUGUCUUGAGUCAAACUCUUUCUUAUGGCAAACCUAAAUAAGUUCAGGAGUAAAAAUGUGCUUACAUAGCAUGAUUUUUGAAUGACAAUGUCAUCUCUGUACCCCACACAUGCAAUUAUCUGUAAGUUCCCUCGGUCGUGCAGUUCAUUUCAAACACAGAUUGAACCACAAAGACCAGUGAGGUUUUCCAAUGCCUCGCAAAGAAGUGUAGAUUGGUAACAAUAAUACAAAAUAAAAAUAUUCUAAAACAUGCAUCCUGUUUGCAUCAAAGCACUGAUGUAAAACUGCAAAAAAUGUGGCAAAGAAAUUGACUUUAAGUCCUGAAUAAAAAGCGUUAUGUUUGGGGCAAAUACAACACAUCACUGAGUACCACUCUUUAUAUUUAGUACCAUAUCUUUAUAUUUUCAAGCAUGAUGGUGGGUGCAUCAUGUUAUGGGUAUGCUUGUCAUCGGCAAGUACUCAGGAGUUCUUUAGAAUAAAAAGAAACUGAAUAGAUAUAAUCCUAGAGGAAAACCUGGUUCAGUCUGCUUUCCAACAGACACUGGGGGACAAAUUCACCUUUCAGCAGGAAAAUGACCAAAAACACAAGGCCAAAUAUACACUGGAGUUUCUUACCAAGAAGACAUUAAAUGUUCCUAUGUGGCCUAGUUGCAGUUUUGACUUAAAUCGUCUUGAAAAUCAAUGGCAAGACUUGAAAAUGGCUAUGUAGUGAUGGUCAACAACCAACUUGACAGAGCUUACAGAAUUGUUCAAGUAAUAAUAUGCAAAUAUUGUACAGUCCAGGUGUGCAAAGCUCUUAGAGACUUACUCAAAAAGAGUCACCUUUGGCAGAGCUGUAAUCCCUGCCAAAGGUGAUUCUAACAUGUGUUGACCUAGGGUUGGGAAUGCUUAUGUACAUGAGAUAUUUCUGUUUUUUUAAUUUUCAAGAAAUUAGCAAAAAUGUGUAAACCUUGUUUUCACUUUGUCAUUAUAGGGUAUUAUGUAUUUUAAUUAUUAUAAUUUUAAUACAUUUUUGAAUUCAGGCUGUAACACAACAAAAUGUGGAUUAAGUCAAUGGGUAUGAAUACUUUCUGAAGGCACUGAGAACACAAACGUUGACUAGUGGUCAUUCCAAUGCUGUUUCAACAACCUGUACUGUAUAUUUACAUCGGUGGACAAUCACAGCACCACGAGAAGACAUGAAAUUCUGUGAAAUCCAGCUAAUGGAUCUUUUUGGUUUUGUAGUCAUUCUGUUGAAUGUUUUUCAUUGUAUUUUAGUGUUGACAGAAUUCACAAAAGAUUUUUGAAAGAUUUUAUUUUGUGCAAGUGCUCAAUUCACUUGUUUGGCCUAACAAAUGCCCCAUUCAGUUAUCUCACUUUCAAACUAAAAGAGAUAAUGAUAUGAGUAUGUACCGGGCUUUUAUUCAUCGUUCUGAAGCAUAAACAUUUCUACAUUUUUAAGAUUGCUUAAAAUGGAUAAAGGAUAUGCUUUGAAAUGUUGAAUGUCGGGAUGGAUAUUGUUUUAAAAGGGUGAAACAAUAGUCAUCUGUGUUGUGUUUGUCCAAUCAAAGACUUCCUCUGGUCAUAAAUACGCUGUUACACGAAAAACAAACUCUUAUUAAGAUGGAAAAUUAAAGCAUCCUUAGUGAAGAACAGUUAGUGUAGCUAUUUUACAAUAAUUCUAAGUCACCCUCCAAAUCCACACAAUAUAUAAUUAUGCCCCAUAAGUACUGUAAUUGACCAAUGGGGAGAAAACAUAUUUAAAGACAGUUUCUCUUUUCUUUCAAAGAGAGAGAGAUCCUGAACAAAGGCGGAAAAAAAAGAUGGAGCUCCAACUACUGCUUUGCCCCCCCCCCCCCCAUUUACUUUGGCAUCGAUAACAUUCCACUUAAUGACCACAAAUCAAGAAAGCCAGGGUACCAUAAGGUCACUUUAUAAAAAAAGACGUCCUCUCAGUUCUUUGAAAUGGUGAGUCUUCACAGAAUAUCAUUUUAGAGAAUUUAUUUGAGCACUGUUUUUUUUCUCUAUUUCACACUCUCCAGUGUAUUUUGGAAAGCGCCGGCUUGCCAAGAGCACUGAAAGCCCUUUGAGGGAUAUUGAGAAGGCUCUGUGGACAUCCCAAGCUAUUUACCACACACACCCUUAAGAACCAGCCUCUGUUUGUCUCAUAAAUAAAGUAUAGAACUUCAUUAGUGGAGGGCACAGACUUAAAAGGCGCGCAUAUGAACAUGCAGACGGAGGCCUAGCCUGUUUUAAAGACAGCCCUAAGUACAGGAGGAGGGCAUGUAGUUAGCCAAUUUAAACGCAUUUGAAUCAAGGGUGUCUGCAAGCCCAAAAUGUGAGGAGGCUAGCUAGACUGACUCCAAAUCAAAGAGGUCAGAUUCUGAGGCACAAUUUGACUUUGUGAAGAUGUGAGAGGGGUCUGAUUAGACAUGUUUAGAGAUGGAUGGCAUGUCAGAUUCCAUUUUGUAGAUGUACUGAAGUGCUCUCUCCCCUUGAUUAGAAUCAAUUGGAGAGGUAGAGGGUAGAGUUGGUUUUGUUUGCUGAGGGGCGAUUAAUACAAUACUGGCUUCCUUUGAAGUGCAUACACCUACAGUAUAUCUGAACACUAUACACACGUGCAUACUGUACUCAAUUGAUUAUUGACCUAAAAUCAUACUUUUUGAGAAAAUAAAGA